GAUAAGACACUAUCAGUAGUUAAUUAGUUCAAUAAUCAAUAAUUCACGUUCAAAAAGAAAUUACUAUACGCAGAAAUAAUUGAAAAUUUGUAAAUUAGUUGUAGCACGCUAGUUUGUAAUGGAAAGAAUAAAAAAUUAUUAUUAAUUACAAUUUAAUUGGCUUAAAUUAAAAUUUGAGCGACACUAAUUACAUUCGGUGGUGAUGCAAGUUCUUUAUAUAAACGUUACUUAUUUGUUUUGGUUUAAUUUGGAUAUAAAACCGAUGACUUUUGAUAACUCGAGGCUCAAAUCAAAGAAAUGCUUUUAUAGUUUAGUGUUUUAGGCUCUCCGGCGAAUUUAGUUACUGUGUGAUGGUAGUGACUUAUAAUAUAUUAAAAGUGGUUCAAAGUAAGAGAAGAACCCUCAACAUGCCGGAAUUGGAAUCAGUAACUAGGAUUUUCAAUUUGCCCAUUGUGGAAACCGGAUUAAGUUAUGCCGAAAAUAUUUAUCAAAGGAUUAAGAAAUCAAACAGCCUCUUUACCUGGACAUUUGACCAAGCUGAAAACACUUUGUAUUCAGUAAUUGAUUCGGCAGGACCCGCGAUUUAUCUAAUCCAAGGUCCACUCUCACAAGUGGAUAAAAUUGUAUGUAAAACCUUAGAUAUUGUGGAAGAAAAGGUGCCAUCAAUUAAUCUGCCACCAGAAAUGAUUUAUUGGAAUACCAAACAAUAUGCCAAAGAAAAGGUUAACAAAAGAAUUGUAACUCCAGUUCUAAAGAGAGCAGACUCAGUUAAGCAAGUCGGAAAUAGUGUAUUGGAAAGUAAAUAUACUGUGUUUGCUGCGGACACUUUAGAUGGUGCAUUAACUGUUGCUGAUAAGUACGUUGACAAAUAUCUACCACCAGAUGACCAAGAUAAAGGUAGUGUAAACGUCCUUAACACGAUUAAUAAUAAUAAAUUAAAUAUUAUUAAGCUUAGUGCUAAAUACUAUAAACGAGAUGCGAAAAACUGUCUUUUCAUUGUACACUUUUGUCCAGAAGUCAACCAACCAAGUGGAAAAGGCGGCAAAGCUAUUCACACCAUUCAACAUGUAGAUAGACUUGGAAGGAAAUUGAAGCGACGACUUACCCGAAGAACAAUUGCAGAAGUUAAAGCUCUAAAGGAACACAGUGCUGAAGCUGUACACGUUUUAAUUUAUGUUGCUGAAUUGGUUGCAACUGAUCCAGUAAUGGCCUUCCAAAAAGGUAAAGAGUUGUGGACCAGCUUGAGUAAAGACGAACCAGAAAAUCAGGCUCGUCCAGAAAACGUUGAGCAACUAAUUGUGUUGCUGACCCGUGAAUCUGCUAGACGUAUGGUUCAUUUGGUUAAUUUUACCACCUCGGUUGCAAAGAAAGUUAAUCGAAAUGUAACUCGCUCUGUAGCUGUGUUGGUGCACAAGUUUAUUGGAGUAGCUGAUUCAGUAGUUAAGACUGCUCACUUGGAACAAGUGCAACAAGCCACAACUUCUGUUAUCAGAACGCACGCCUAUUCAGUUACAUUGCUGUUGAAGCAGCUAAAUACUCAGCUGACGAAUAUUUUGGAUAACUGGGCAAAACAGUUAGCUAUUCCCACCGAGGAUAAUACCGAGGAACCGAAGCCGGAAAUUUUAGAAAAACUGCAUCAAACUCAAACAGUCUUACCAGUGCCCCAAAUUAAAUUCCAACAGAUCAAAUCCUUCCAUGUGAACGCUAUAAAGAACAAAAAUGGUUUCGAAUAUACCAUGGCAGAAAAUUUGAACAAAGAUUAUUAACCCUUUCGUCUUUCUGCUUGCUUCCUUGGUAUUUUUGUAAUUAGUUUAGUAAUCUUUAAUAUGUAACAGUGUGAACGUAGCCAAAUGAUAAUCGGUUUGGAUGGGUUUUGCUUAUUGCUUAUUGCAAGUUAUACAGGACCUUAUUAGUAGAUAGUUUUCCCUUCUGAUUUAUACUACUAAAUGUGCCCUUAUUAUCGUUGAGAAAAUUAUAUGAUGUUUGUCAAAA